AUGUACGGGAGGUGCGGCAGCGUGGAGCAUGCCCGGAAGGUGUACGACAGCAUCGUGUCCAGAGAUACCUUCUCGUGCUCCUUAAUGCUCUCGGCAUAUGCCCGCAAUGGGCUUAUCUGCGAGGCCGAGAAGCUCUUUGGCGACGUCGAAAGGCCAGACAAGGCAGCAUGGACCAUCAUGCUGACGUUGUAUGCACAAAACGGGAAUAUAGGAGAUGCUUCGAAGAUCUUCCGAAACAUGCCAGACAAAGACCUGGUUGCGUGGAAUGCUAUGGUUAAUGCAUAUGCCGAAACAGGGCAAAUGGAUAUGGCAAAAGCGUUGUUUGAUUCCAUGCCGCUUCGAAAUGUCGCGACGUGGAACACUCUGCUAUCUGGGUUUUGUUACUGCGGUGAUAUUAAUUUAGCGAAGUGUGUUUUUGAGGAGAAUCCAGAGCCUAAUAUUCUAACCUGGACUGCCCUGCUUUCGGCAUAUGCCCAAAGAGGGUAUCUUGAUCACGCGAAAAAGGUGUUUGAUGACAUGCCUUUGAGGGAUAUAGUGGCGUGGAGUGCUUUGUUGGUGGCAAACGCAAAGGCAGGGCGUUAUGACGUUACGCAAAAUCUAUUCUCCGAGAUGCCGGAGCACGAUCUUGUGGCUUGGAAUUCCAAGAUCAUAGCACACGGCCAAGCUGGGAAUCUGGAAGAUGCCAAGAGAAUUGUCUCCGAGGAGCUCCCCGUGAAAUCUCUGGCUUCAUUCAACGCGCUUCUCUCUCUCUUCUCCAGAGAGAAUAAACGUUUUGAGGCCGAAGAGCUAUUCUUUACUGUCAUGCCAGAGAGAGAUCUCGUCUCGUGCAACCAUAUGCUAGCCUUGUACGCGGAGCUCCAAGAUUCCUCUACAUGCAAAAGGAUAUUCGAAGAGAUGCCCCAAAUAAACACCAUCUCUUGCAACUCCAUGCUCGUCGCAUUUGCCCACGACGGGCAUAUCCAGCACGCCAAGUCCCUGUUUGGCGCGAUCCCCGACCCCGAUCUUGCCACGUGGACGGCGUGUGUCGCGUCGCUUGGCGAGGCGGGAAGCAUCGACGCUGCCAAGGCGAUGUUUGACACAAUGCCAGCAUGGGACCUGGUGACGUGGAAUGCCAUGGUGUCUGCGUACGGCAGAGCUGGGCUCGUGCGUCCAGCUGGUCAGCUGUUCGAUUCCAUGCCGGAGCACUCACUUGUAUGUGCGAACGCAAUGCUAUCGGCGCUGUGCCAAUGCGGGCAUUUGGAAGAGGCCAGAGAGCUCUUGGAGCGUUUACCCGAACGAGAUGUAAUCUCGUGGAGUGUGAUUCUUGGGUGUUGUAGCGAUCAUGGCAAGUUCGAGCAGGCGAGCGAGAUCUUUGAAUCAAUGCCGGAGCACGAUUCUAUCUCUGCCACAGCUAUCGUCGCCGCAAAUGCUCGUAGAGGGCAUCUGGAUGAUUCGUUUCGAGUGUUCAGAUCUAUGGCGGAGCACACUUGCAAUGCUGUGGCAGCUCUCAUCACAGGGCUUGGGAAGUCUGGCAAGUUACAUGAUGCAAAGAAGAUGUUUGAUGCGAUUCCAUUCAAGAACGCAGUGGUCUGGACUGCGCUUGUCACGGCUUAUGCCUUACGAGGGCAUGUUGAGGACACGAUGAUCUUGUACGACAGGUAUAUGCCAGAGCAUAGUCUUGUGUGUGGAACCUCUCUGAUCGGUGUUCUUGGGCGCAGCGGCUGUUUAGAUGAAGCUAGAUGUGUUUUCGAGAGCUUUCCAAGCCACGAUUCUUUAGCUGUGAGUUCCAUUAUAUGGGCUUAUGCCCUGAAUGGGUAUCUAGGAAAAGCAAGAGAAGUGCAUGAUCUUUGGAGAGACCCGAGCUUGCUGUCCUGGAAAGCCAUGCUAGAAGCUUAUUCUCAUGCUGGUAAAGUCAUCGAAGCGAAGAGGGUGUUUGAUCAAUCUCCGGAAAGAGAUGUUUCGUUUGAUGCUUUGAUGGUUGCUGCAUAUGCCCGGGGCGGAGAUCUAGAUCAAGCGCUUGAGUUUUUCUUUUCCCUUGACGAGCUAAACGAGAGCUGCUUCAUUUGGAUCCUCGUUUCAUGCAGCCGCUCCGGCAAAGUCUCCACGGGGAUCCGACUCUUCGUCUCCAUGGUUGCGGAUUUCUCCUUGAAUCCUUCCAAGCAACACUACAGUUGCGUUGUUGAUCUCCUGUGCCGAGCCGGGCAUCUGGGCGACGCUCGAGAGCUAGUCAAAAGCAUGCCUUUUGUGCCGGACGGCCUGGAGUGGAGAUGCGUGCUUGCAACCCACGGACCGAUCGAUGAUGCCACAGUUGCAGCACGCUCUACUUUGGAUGUGAAUCCGGAUCACGGUGCUGCCUAUGUGCUUCUCGCAAAUGCGUCGAUGGAAGCAAAGCGAUAG